AGCGACGUGAUGACGACAUGCUGGGAGCCACGUGAUUUCUUCACCUGUGCCCAACCUGUUUAUCUCGGCUGCUGUUCUGUAGGCGCUACUCUAGGAUAUAUUAAAAUAAUUAAUAGAAAAACUUUUAAGCCAUUUAUCUAAUAAACUCCACAGACUACACUUGCGUUUGGAUGUGAGACAUUUUAGUUUAGCUUAAGUUUUUUAUUUGUUCUCGGAUUUUUGGACUUCGACUUCAGUAAGGCACCUGUCUCAAACAAGGAAGUGUCGCCUGUUAAAACCUCGGUUGAUGAAGUUUACAUGUAUACAGUUAAUGGCAGGAAAUUCAGCUGGUGGGAAGCUCUAAAAAGCUGUUUUAGUCUCGAUACUGAUCCUAUAACGCAGGCUUGUGACAAUCCUGUGCUGUUUGUUGGCAGCACCAUCUGAACAGGAUAAAGCUGCUUUCACUGUCGCCAGGACAAGGUGAGCCGUUUGUUGACAGCAAAGAAGCCGCACAUACAAAGAUGAACCUUUCUUUGGACGUUGAUUCAUCCACUGAAAAUGAUUCAGUUGUUCACCUGGAUGCACCGAUUCUCCCAGACAAGUCGGCUCUUUCCAACAUGACAAUUAUUCAAACAGGAAAUGGGUCAAUCAUAGAGGAGAUGUUUUUAAACACAAUGGCUGCUCAGGCUAUCUCAGGGAUAUUCGUCUGGUCUGCCUUGCUCAUAACAUGCCACCAGAUCUACACACACCUUCGAUCCUACACUGUCCCCAAUGAGCAGCGCUACAUCAUCCGCAUCCUGUUUAUUGUUCCAGUUUAUGCCUUUGAUUCUUGGCUCAGUCUCCUUUUCAUCAGCAACGACCAGUACUAUGUCUAUUUCGAUUCUGUUCGAGACUGCUACGAAGCGUUCGUCAUUUACAAUUUCCUGAGUUUGUCCUUUGAAUAUCUUGGAGGAGAAAGUGCAAUCAUGUCAGAGAUUCGAGGGAAGCCCAUACAGUCCAGCUGUCUGUAUGGAACAUGCUGCCUUGUUGGAAUGAGCUACUCCAUCGGCUUUUUAAGAUUCUGCAAACAGGCGACUCUCCAGUUCUGCGUUGUCAAACCCAUCAUGGCAGCCAUCACCAUCAUCCUGCAGGCCUUUGGCAAAUAUCAUGAUGGAGAUUUUAAUGUGAAUGGAGGAUACCUGUACAUUACAAUCAUCUACAACUUCUCAGUCAGCUUGGCUCUCUACGCGCUCUUCCUCUUCUUCUUUGCCACAAGUGAUCUGCUCAGGCCGUACGAGCCAGUUCUCAAAUUUCUAACUAUUAAAUCUGUCAUCUUCUUAUCAUUCUGGCAAGGAAUGGUCCUCGCCAUUUUGGAACGCUGUGGCGUCAUUCCCAAAGCACUUUUCAUCGAUGGACAAGAGGUGGGUGCCGGCACUGUGGCAGCAGGCUGGCAGAACUUCAUCAUCUGCAUUGAAAUGUUCUUCGCUGCCAUUGCCCUCCGAUAUGCCUUCACCUGCACGGUCUACCAGGAGAAGAAAAAUGAUGUGCCUGAGAGCAUGCCUCCAAUGCAGAGCAUCUCUAGUGGUCUAAAGGAAACCAUAAACCCAGGAGACAUGGUACAGGAUGCCAUCCACAACUUUUCUCCAGCUUAUCAGCAGUACACUCAACAAUCCACACAGGAGGUGACCCAGCCCAGCACCAAUGGAAAAUUGGCCACAGGCAACAAGAGCUCCCGCAAGUCUGACAAGAUCAUGCUGAUUACAUCUGAUGAUGAGUUCUAGGCAGUAUUCAGGCAAGAUCCAGGUGUUUGUGCCCUUUCCGUCCUUAUCUCCGACCCCCUGGGGAAACAGCUGUCCUAUCUCACAGAGCUGGAUUGAACCCAGGUGUUUAAUUUUAUCAUCCCAGUAUUUAAGAUGGACUUCCUACUUCUGUUUCAGUGAUAAUUUAAGCAGCAAGCGGAGGAUGAAAUUUAACAGGUUUAAGAUUGAUAGCUGAAUAGCCAGAGAUCUGAUCUGUCUCCACCUUGCUGUGAUAAUCAGGAAAAUGACAUGUCACCUUCACUUCACCACAGAAGUCUGGAGCUAUGCAUUUUCUUUUAAAUCAAGCCGCCGGAUGUUCAGCUGCGUCCCUGAUGCAGAUUCUGGCUUUGUCAUUAUGCUGCUGCCGCUCUCUGGCCGUCUGAAGUGUGUUCCCUCUGAAUCAUGUCAGUUUCAAAGAGGAGAUGAUUAAUAUGUGACUCCACGUGGGUGGCAGGGAAACCAGCGACGGCUGAGAAUGGCACUUCAUGGACUGUUUCUCACAUCUGCAUAUUUGAAGUAUUUGCUGAGCAUUCCUCUGUGUGUUUUUUUUUUUUUUGACAAAUGGAAGGAUUUGUUCAAAGACACAUUAGUUUUGGAGCAGGCACUUCAAGCUGCACUUUACAGGCCUUUGUAUCUACCAUUGGAGAGACAAAUCAGAUAAACCUGUCUCCUGUAGAGUGAAUAUUCUCAUUAAUUUUCCCAGCAUGCUAAAGUGAGUGAGAUUUCGACCAGUUAGAUGGCCUUUCAACAAUUAAUUUUUUAGCUUAUGCACUGUUGUAACUGCUAUUGUAGAGUUUUUUUAAAAGAUAACAUCAAUAAUUUCACGUUCCAGGGAGUGGAAAAUAUGUGCAAAAUUUGAUUAGUGUUAAUUGUGUUGUAUGUGUUCUGUUUGUGUUAACAUGUUUGAAUUAUAAAGUGUGAAGGUCUCAUUGUAUUUAUUAUGUCAAAUUCAGGCCCAAACAGAGCAAAAUGUGUGCAGAAACAGAAGGGUUAAACCAAAUGUUAUACCUUUAGGUUGUUCUUGAUUCUCAUUAGGAACUCCAUAUCUCAGAGGUUUUUAAACAUUCAAGCUACUAGAGGCCAAUCUUUGUACAUUAAGUCCUCAUUUAUUUAAUUUUUUUAACCUUGUGUGCCAAUGAUGGCUGUUUUUCGGGGAAAACAAAGUAACUUAGAGUUGGCAAAGUAGUUUUAGUCUUGUCCUAGUUUUGCUUUGUGUGAAUGGAAAAGAAAAUGCUUUUUAUGUCUGUGACUUACAUGCAUAGAACUUAGUAAGUGAACAUGUUAAUGAGGAAAGAGCUUUAUUUACAAGUAUAAAAAUGGACACAGAAGACCUAGUAGUAAUAAUUUACCAUUCAUUGAAUCAGAAACAAAUAGAAGUUUUAUUUGUACAUGAGGUUCAUUGAGA